CCACUGUAAAACUUUUUAUUAAAAGACCUACUGCGGGUCAAGAACUAAUUCCUAAAGUUCUAAAAUGGGCAACGGAAGAUGUUGAUAAUCCAGAUUUACGUGACCGAGGAUAUAUUUACUGGCGUUUAUUAUCAACAGAUCCUGUUACAGCUAAGACUGUUGUAUUAUCUGAUAAACCGCGAAUUUCUACUGAAAGUGAUAAUAUGGAACCUGCGUUGUUGGAAGAACUCCUCUUACAUAUUUCUAGCCUUUCAUCUAUAUAUCAUAAGUCACCUCAAACCUUUAUUCCAAAUAGUAAAACUCGGUAUUUAACCCACUCACCAGUUCUAAAUCGAAGGUAUCCCGGACAGCAACAACAGCCUAAUUUACUCGAUUCUGAUAUCGAUAAUUUAGCGUCAGGAUCUCUUGGAAUCAAUUCUAAUCCUUAUAAUGUGGACGUUGUCAAUAUCG